CACCAGCUCCAGCGGACCUAGUGCAAACACGUCUCCAGCUUCCAACAAGCGGAGACGCCCAUCUGGCGUGAAGAUGGAGGAGGACGGCUCCCAGGCACCUACCCCGGGUGGUCCUCAGGUCAAUGGAGUUCAGAACAAGGGCAAGCCGCCUACGCCGCGGAUGGCAAAGAGAAUGAAGGGCAACCCGGCGUAAGCUGGAAGGGUGUCUUUUGGACAUUCAGGUUAUGCUCUAAUACGAGUCUGGCUAUGCAGGCUCAGUAAUGCCUUUUUUUAUGUCAUCAUUAUGCAGCAUGGCGGCGUCUUAGUGCUUGGCUUUCUGGCUCUGGGAUCUCAGGGCUGUUCAUAUGCGGGUGUUUGGCAAGCAUCUUGGACGUUCGGUGUUGGCUGGAAGCUCAAUCCACCACAUAUCCUAUGUCGAUCUCGUUUGGCCCCUAGGUCCCUAUUCACUCUCGACCAAGCCCACCAAGAAGGGCAGGCAAGUUCCUGCACAACCUUGGGACGAGACUUCACCAACUGUCUGCAGCGCAAGUGGUGGUGCCUCGGGUCGAAGGAGGCCUCUGAGCCCCUCCACACGGUGCAACGGUGCAACUGUGCAACGCUUGUCCAUAUUCCUCCCUCCCUACCUGUACGAUAUCACGCUCGGCUACUGUCUAGCUCGGGCUCACUGUUUCAUGUUAUUUAUCCCUCGAACCGCCUCGUAUUGUCUGAUUUGCCCGUCGGGGUCUCGAUCACGUCUCCAAGCUACUUUUUCCUUUUUUGUUGUUGGCGAGGAAUGAGUUGGGGGAAAGAUGGGUUUCCAAAAAAAAAAAGAAGUUUUGUGGAUUUUUUUUCCUGGCGGAAAGCUUUUUUUGUUUUAUCCUACGGCGGCGGAGGGUGGUGUUUUGUCGGCGUAGUCGUUGCUGUCGCUUCUAUUUUCCUCCAUCUUACAAAUACCUAGUCUCUCAUCGGAAAGGAAAUAUGCAUACCCAGAUUCUUGACAGGGCGUUGCCUUUUGAUGUGAUGUUGGUUGGUAUGUUUGAGUCACUUGGACCUAUCCAGGUCAGGAUAAGGUAUCCGGUGACUGCGAUCGAUGCUAUGCGAACCGCCUGCUUUUUACCAUGACAGCCUUGGGAAUUCAUUUUUAUUCA